AUGGGCAAGGUCGACUACAGCAAUGGGAUCUCAAUCCUUCAACUAAUCAUCUACUUCCCUUCCAUCUUUGUCUCCAUCUUCCUCGUCUUUCGCCAUGGCAUCCGCACAAACAGCGGCUUCAUUUUCCUUACUGUCUUCACUCUCCUUCGCAUCAUCGGCGCCUGCUGUGACCUCGCCACAAUCGACAACAACUCAACGUCAUUAUACACUACCUAUGCCGUUACAAGCUCAAUCGGUCUGACUCCAAUGCUGAUGGCUUGUUCUGGUCUUCUCUCUCGAGCCGACGGUUCCAUAAAGAAGGUUACCGGUCACGGUCUCCCAGAGCUCCCAACUUUCCGCGCAUUUCGCCUCCUCAACAUAGUCGCCCUAGUUCUCUGUAUCACGGGUAUCACCCUGAACAUGGGAGACGGCGGCGAUAUCAAGCCAUCUAUUGAAGCCAAAAUCGGCAUGGUCCUCUACAUUGUCGCUUGGGUAUUCAUGGUGCUCCUGCUCGGAAUUCUCAACGCCCGUCGUGGCGGUCUUGAGCCCGGUGAGAGCCGUACCUUGCUCGCUGUCGCUAUCUCCUCGCCUUUCAUUCUUGUCCGUGUGAUCUACGGUACCCUGGUUUGGUUCCUGGACAACGGCACCUUCAGCAUGGUCGGUGGAAACGAGACCGUUACUCUGAUUAUGAGUGUUCUAAUGGAAUUCGCUGUUGUCAUUACCCUUCUUGGUAUUGGUGUUACCCUGCGCGUGCGUGGGAGUGAGCACCAGGCUCUUGAUAAGGAGCGUGCCCUUCAGCCUCAGUGGCCUAUUCAAUCUUCUCGGGCUUAG